CUGCCAAAUACCCACAAACCAAACAUCUUCUUCUCCUUAUAUUCUCAUAUCAUACACUUUUCCAUUCUCUUCCAUCUCAGUUCUAUUAAGCAUGGCCGUUUUCACAUUCGAGGACGAAACCACUUCUCCCGUGGCUCCUGCCACCCUUUACAAAGCUCUUGUGAAAGACGCCGACAACAUCGUCCCAAAGGCGGUUGAUUCCUUCAAGAGUGUUGAAAUCGUGGAGGGCAACGGUGGCCCCGGAACCAUCAAGAAGAUCUCUUUCCUUGAGGAUGGAGAGACAAAGUUUGUGUUGCACAAAAUAGAAGCAAUAGAUGAGGCAAACUUGGGAUACAGCUACAGCAUUGUUGGAGGUGUUGCCUUGCCAGACACUGCAGAGAAGAUCACAAUCGACACCAAACUCAGUGAUGGCCCCAACGGAGGCUCUGUGGUGAAGCUGAACAUAAAAUACCACAGCAAAGGAGAUGCUCCACCCAAUGAAGAUGAACUCAAAGCUGGCAAAGCCAAGAGUGAUGCUCUCUUUAAGGUCAUUGAGGCUUACCUUUUGGCCAAUGCCUAAACUCAACAAUAUUUUUACCAAGGACUUUCAUAUAUGAUAUACAGAGAGAGUUUUCUCUUGUGGAGUGUUUGCUUAACUUAAUUUGGCUUAUAAUGUAAGAUUGUUUCCCUAUUUCCUUUGGCUUAUACUUGUGAGAGCUGAUAUUUUGUAUCUCAGUUUAUCAAUAAAUUAUAAUAAAAGAAAGCAUCACCUAA